AUGCCCAUUUCGCUUGAGCUCGAGUCAGUGGGCUCGACUUCUCCAUCCCGCGCGGGCAGUGCGAUAUCUUCUGCUGGCUCGUCCUGGGAGCUGGUGGGCUCUGAGUGCGGGGAGCUCCCUUUGUUCCUUGCUGGGCAGGCGCCGUGCCUGCCAGAGGGCGGGGGUCGAAUCCUCGCGACGGCGCGGUGCGGCGGGCCGCUCCUGGUGUUCCUCUGGACGCUCGUGACCGUGGUCCGUGAUCCGCCGAGUCCCGAAGAGGAUCCGCUGGAGGGUGAGGAUUUCACGCCGGAGCGGGUGAUGCCAGUGGAGGUAUGGAGCCGACGCUACUACCGCCGGAGCGCGACGGAUGGCCAGGAGAUCUUCUUAGUUCGACGGAAGACGGGGAAUUGCUGGGCGGUUUUGCUGCCAGAUCUUUCCAUGGGUACCAUCACGAUCACUGCGAAGACGACGGUCUUCUCCGAUCCCGUGCCCGGGAUCCGCUGGCAGGCGCUGCCGGCUCUCACGCAGGUGCAGAAGAACAGUUUCACGCAGCAAGCUACGGACGGGCUGCGAGCGGGUACUAUUCCAGCCCUGGAGUUGUAUCGACCGGGCCGUCAGGCCCAGCAGGCCGUCGCCAUCAACGUGGUCUAUGCGAUGGCCAGCUCGGCACGCUCGUCAUUGCGUACGCUGCGGUGGGCCUUGCGCUCGCCGUACCGUGUGCUGGGGCUGCUGGCGCUGGGUUUCGUGCUGUUCGAAGCUCUGAAGUACCUGGGGGUGGUGGAUAUGAUCGUGGAGACUUGGCUCGCGUUCGUGAGCUGGAUGGUGGCCUGUCGGGACGCGCUCAUCGAGUCGUCCGAGACGAUCCAGGAAUGGGUGUCCUACGGAGGCGAGUGGGUGGACUGGGCUCGGAAGCUCAUGCCGCUGCGUCGCUGGGCUGCUUUACUGUUAGCGCUCAUCCUGCUCAUGUUCUGGGGUGCCCACGAGAUGCAGGAAGGGGAGGAGCCUGCUCUCGUGGCCCAGUUGGACGACUUAGCCGAGUCUCAGAGGGCGAUGGCCGCGGAGUUGAACGAGAUCAGGAUUGCCGAGCGGGCUCGGGAGCUGAGGCGGUCGGCAAUGGUGUCAUCGAGCGCGGACCGUGGUGCCGAAGUGGCGGCCGCCAACCAGCUGCAGAUCCAGUCGAUGCUGAGCCGGCUCGACGAGUUCGAGGCGCGCCUGCAAGGAGGUGCGGUGGCGGGAUCUUCUGCGGCAGCGGCGGGACCCUCUCCUGCUACGCCUGUGGGCCCAGGGGACGGCCCCACAUCGCCGGCCCGCGGGGACGCGACGGUGCCCAUGGAGACUCCCGACAAGCGUGCUGCUACAGAGCCCGCCGAGGCGGUGUCCUUGGCUAUCAAGCGGAUGAGGUUCAAGGCUCAGAUGCCGCAGCAGGUCUUCCUGGAGCAGCUGGAGGACUUCAAGGAGUGCCCGGCCUCGGAGUGGGCCACGAAGAUGCCGGAAGGCUACAGGGAGAGGAUCGCGCCGGACGUGCUCUCGGAGGUCUACUCGACCGGGAAGACGGCGGAGGCUUGGGCGAGGGACUACAUCAGGGAUCGUGGUCUCACCGAUUGCAACACCGCGCGGGAGAUGAUUGCGACCUUCGCGGCCGUGGACACGAUGCUCAUGACGGACCGCCAGAAGGGGCUCUUGAACCAGGUGAGCUUCGAGAGGCUGGUCCGCAAGGGGUACGCGUUGGUGAGGGCCUACCGCAAUGUGCACUGCCGGGACGACUGGAGCAGGCCCAAGGACGCCAAGAACUGGAAGUCCAAGGUCGACUGGGAGGCGGCGCGUCGCUUGGACCCGCAGCUGGCCGACGAGAGCACGAUCAGGGUCAUGAGUGCCGAGGAAGAGGUGAAGAAGGCAAUGGGUCGAGAUGCGCAGCUGAUCAAGGCACGCACGGACCUGGACGGCGGGUGUGCGAGCCCGCCGUGA